GAAAUAAAACAGUUUUUCAUUCGAUUUACCAGUGAAAAGUUGACCAAUAGAAAUGUUACCAAAAUCAGUAAUUGUGUUGUUAAGUUUAGCCCUUGUGGCUGAGGCGGCCUUAGUUCGUAUACCCAUCGAAAAAGUCAGGGUAUCGAAAAACAAAGCCAACGAACUCCUGAAACUCCAGAGCAAAUACAAUUCCGUGUCCUAUACGGCCAAGGAGAGUUUGAUCAAUUAUAUGGAUGAUUCUUAUUUUGGACGCAUAACAAUUGGAACUCCCCCUCAAGAGUUUUUGGUGCUCUUCGAUAGUGGAUCUUCCAACUUGUGGGUUCCAGUGGCUCCCUGUUCCAGUGCUGAUGUAGCCUGUCAAAAUCAUCAUGCCUAUGACCCCACCGCUUCAUCUACUUAUGUAGCGAAUGGUGAACCCUUUGCCAUUCAAUACGGCACCGGCAGUUUAACGGGAUAUUUGUUGCAAGAUACCGUAACCGUUGAAGGUUUGACCAUUCAAAACCAAGUAUUUGCCGGAGCCACCAAUGAGCCUGGAAACACCUUUACCGAUGCACCAUUUGAUGGCAUUUUGGGCAUGGGCUUUGCCAACAUUGCCCAAGAUAAUGUUGUGCCACCCUUCUACAAUAUGUACUCCCAAGGAUUGGUCGACGCUAACAUGUUCUCCUUCUAUUUGACUCGUGAUGGCAGCUCUCAGAAUGGUGGUGAAUUGAUUUUGGGUGGUGUUGAUCCCAAUCACUAUACAGGUGAAUUUACUUAUGUGCCUGUUUCCCAAGAGGGCUAUUGGCAAUUCGAAAUUACCUCGGGCAUUGUAAAUGGCGUUAGCAUUUGUGAUCAAUGCCAAGGUAUUGCUGAUACAGGUACCUCCCUCAUUGCUGUUCCCGAUAACCAAUAUGAAAACGUACAAGCUGCCAUUGGUGCCGUGUAUGAUGAAGACUACAAUGCCUAUUUAUUGGAUUGCUCCAGCAUUGAUAGUUUACCCGUUGUUACCUUUACAAUUGGUGGCACCGAAUUCACUGUUGAAGGCAAGGACUAUGUCAUUCAAAUGGAUGGUAUGUGUUCAUCGGCUUUUGAAACUGCCGGUGCUAACUUCUGGAUUUUGGGAGAUAUUUUCAUUGGUAAAUAUUAUACCGUUUUCGAUAUGGCCAAUACACGUGUUGGCUUUGCACAAGCUGUUUAAGAGUAUUAAAAUAUUUUGAAAAAAUUUAAUAUACCCUUUAAAUAUUGUUUUAUUU